UGCGACGGCUGGCCGUCAUUCUUCACGUGUGUCACGUCGCUGGCUGGACGCCCGGCGCUCAGUGAACGCUUCUUCUCCCAGGGGCUGGUGGUGGCAGGUCGAGAGGUCACCGGCGUCACCAUGCGGCUCGACUGUGCGCUCCUCCUCGUGCUCCUCCUCGCGGCGACGCGGCUGGUGGCCGCGAGCCCCGAAGCCGGGAAGGGCUGCGCGAGCUGGGACCUGGCGAAGGACAACGUGAACAACGUGUGCUGCAGCCUGUGCUUCCCGGGAACCCGCCUAGUGCAGAAAUGCGGCAAGAAACCCGAGGAGCUGUGCACCUCCUGUGAGAGCGGCACCUUUACCACUGUCCCCGGGGUAGAACAAUGCCAAAAGUGCACAGAGUGCACAGAGUUUCAGCAGGUGCAGAAGGCCUGCACCAGCACGCAUGACACCGUGUGUGUCUGUCAGAAGGGAUACCGCUGUAGUGACCCCAAGUGCUCCUCCUGUGAACUUCAGUGUCCCGAGGGACAGGAGCUUGUAGGAGGCUCUUGUCAGCCCUGCCCAGAGGGAACCUUCCAGAAUGGGACCCAACGGACAUGCAUCGCGUGGACGAAAAAGUGUCCCAACCCGGAUCACCAUGUGGUGGUCAAGGGCAGUCCGACCCAUGACAUCGUCUGCGGCCCGGUUUCCGACGAGCAUUACGGGUGGAUGGUAGCGACUCUGGUCAUUAGCUCUGCGCUGUUUGUCAUACCCAUUGUAGCCUAUGCGCUUGGUAGCCAUAUGAGGAAGAGGAGGCUCUAUGACCAGCAGCUGCCUGAGAAACAUCUAACAGAUCCCUCGAGGGCCGAAAGGAGGCCGGUGCAGGAGCACUGCUGCCUCCCUCAGCAGGAGCAGGGCAGCGACCUGUCCUUGGACUCCCAGGACUCAGACGGGAAGCUGGUGAGCUACCCCUGUUUGCUAGGGGCUGAGGAAGUCUGAAGGGCCCCCUGUGAAGAGCAGCCCAUGGUGUCGAUCCGCAGCCCCCGCCACGCUGUCAUCCAGGCCUCGCUCGCACCGAGUCCAUCAGCAGGAGCUCUCGAGAUCUUUUGUGUUUUAACUGGUGCGCCUUUCUGCUAGUCCAAAGGAUGUCCAACCUUCCUUUCCGUUUCAAGCUACCCAACGCUAUAGCGGUUCCCAGUUCUUUUGUCAAGAUCCGAGCCAUUGGUUGGCACUCUGGAAAAAAAAGAGCAGCAGCCUCUGUGUUGAGGCAAAUGAGAACGUACUGAGAACUUAGGGAUUUAACUUGAAUUUUCUAUGAGUAUUGAUUUCCAAUACGUUUCCAUGGUUUAUUUAAGGGUAUUUAACGAUAUUCCUGGAAAGCGGAAGCGUUCUGCUGUUUUUCCGCUAAAAUGCGUGAACUUACUGUUUUUGUUUUUUUUUUUUUAUUUAAAUUUUAAAAAGUAUAGGCUCUUCAUUGCAUUAAGAAGAGCUGGAGCACUUGUUGGAUUCUGUCCUCUAGGACCAAAGUGGAGUAGCUCUUGUUAACAUUUUCUGUACAUAUUUAGUUGUAUAUGUUGGAUGUGUUCCCCCCCCCCCCCUUUGGUCUAAAUCAUCAGGAAUGGAAACUAAUGAACUUUGACACUGCCGAACAAGCGAUGCUACAGUUGUACGGAGUCAGCAUCUAAUUUCUGCGACGUUUUCACAACCCUCGUAAGCGACCUCCGCGCUGGGAUUUCGGCUUGCGGGUACGUUGGCGAAAGGCAGCUCGAAUUAUGACACUGUCACAGUAGGCGUGCAGUGACGUGAACCACAACCUUUUUGUAGUGGCCUUGCACCUGCCUACACCCGAGGGUGAGUCAACGGUUCAGCUCUUUGUUCCUGUAAAACAUCAUGUUUUCCCCCCAUUCUUUACUCCGAUCCUACGAAUUUGACUUUUUGAAUUAAAUAUCAGCUGAAUCAGCAGCUCGCGCUGCUGAGGAAGUGCCCUUCGAGGUCGAGGAACCUCCAAAAGAGGGUUGCCUCCGAGCGUUCCGGUUGUGUAACUGAACUGUAGCAGGAACUCGGGUUCCCAGUUCUGGAAAGAUGCCAAGUGAGCGUUUAUUAAAAAGCUUGGUGGUUUCACCCCUCGAGGAGGACGGGUGUGAUGUACUCUUCUGCAGUAUUCAGUAUUUGUAAAUAACUUUUAGCUCAGUAAGCAUCUGUGGAAGUCUUUUUUUUUUACAUUUGAUAUACUGUAUAUUCUAGGUUUUCUCUAAAUACUCUGAACGUUUUUUUAUUCUCAGGUUGUAGGUGCUCAGCACAGAUUUGGCUAAACAGAGCAAAGAAUUUUUUUUUUUUUUUGAUGAUGAUGAUGAUGAGAAAAUUGGCUUGACAAAUCUAUUUCCUGAUGUAGUUCUGGAUGUUUGGGGUGGAAGAACAGACAUCCAGAGACCGACAGUCUAGGGGCGUUUCCUAGCCUACCUGAACACCUAUGGUUCACAAGCUGAAACACAAGCUUACCUCACUUACUGCUUAUAGCAAGAAGAUAUAAAAUGGUCCUAGGGUAAGGAGAACCAAGCAACUGCCACAAUGUGGAUAUUAAAUUCUUGUUCCAGUAGGACAAUGAUCUGUGCAAAAUAAUCAAUCAUAUGCAGCACAUGUAAUAUAGAUGUAUUACAAUAAAAAGUACAUUUGGGUAAUUUUUUGUUUUGUUUCAAUGUUCUAGUUUUUAACAAAAUAGAAAAUGUACUAGUUUAAAUAUUUUGUACAAUUUUAGCACUGACUUUGUAGCAUAUGAUGUUAAAUGAACGAACUGUGAUUUUUGCUAUGCGCUAACCAUGGCUGAAGGGUCGCUUAAAAUGAGGAACUGGAAAUAAAAGAGCCGCAAUCUGGCAAACUACCGUGCUCUUUACACAAGGCAUUCUGCGAACUUUCCCAUUUGAGACAAGCUUAACUUUUUUUUUUCCUUUUUUAAGGUUUAUUAAUAUGGAAUUGCUUUGAUGUAUGCUGUAAUAGAUUUCUUAUGUAUGAUUUAUUAAAUUAUUCUUUCAAACUGCCAACUGAUCCAUUUGCAAUUAU